AUGGUUAAAAGAGUGCUGCAGAAGGAUGCAGAUCGGCGUGUGAAGCGUGUGGUGAAAGCCCGGUUGCCCUUCCACCCCAACGUCGAGAAGCCAAGGGCCUUUUCGAUGCGGGACCGCCAAAAGGCCUGGAUCAUCAGUGGGCUCCGCCAUCUCAAGGCGCCAAUGGAGGGUCGUGCUGCUGUGCCCUUCGACGUGGACUACUCGGCAGCUAUGGACCUUCUUACUCCUGAAGGUUUCUCCAAUGCCCUGUACCACAUGGCAAACACGAACCCCGGUUCUGGAAGCCUCACAGCUCCAGUUUGCAGUACCUUUGUGAUAGUGAGCCGUGGAAGCACGCGUCGCAGCCCGAGAAAUCCCCUUGGGAGGAAAGAUUCGGAGGCUGUGAGAAAGGGCAACAUCUUGGCCUGUCGAGCUUUCAUUUUGUGCUUUAUCGCUGCAGCAAAAGCAAUUUGGUUUGUUCUGGAGCAGCCAGCGUCAAGUUGCAUGGAACAUCAUCCACUGUUUCAGCACAUGGCUCGACUCGUUCCUUUGUUCAAGUAUUCUAUGAGAAUGGGGGACCAUGGGGGUCCCACGCUCAAGCCAACACUCUUGUAUUCGAGCCACAGAUGCAUAGAGGGUUUGAAUGCCUUCAAGACCACGCCACGGCUGCGCCCAAAAGAAGUCACCGUCCGCUAUCUGAACAGCCAAGGGCAGCCAGCUUGGCACGGUGGCAAGGACAUGAAGACUUCCCAAAACUACCCACGCCAGUUUGGUGUUUCGCUUGCCAAGCUGCGCACUUUGCAUAGCAAAGCCAACAAGCGGAAAGCCAUCGCCUUUCUGCGAGCAGCAAAGAAAAGUGACAACAAACUGAACUGCAGUGCUAGGAUGAACAAGGCCUGGACUGACCAGGCUGAUCUGGGAAGUGUAAUCCAGUUCUUGUCGCAGAGAUGA